AUGAUGAUUUGUCAAGGUGCUGAUGACGCAUACGCUUCUAUAAUGCAAAAAGUUGAUGAGUUGCUGAUUACGGCCGAAUCGCAUUUGAGACAAUAUCGAACGGAUAAUUCAGUGAAGAAGAAUGAGGAUGAUGUUGAAGUGAAUUGCUCGCCAGCAAAAUCGCCAAAUUGUUCGCUAAAAGGUGUGAACGCAAGAAAACUGCAGUCAUUUGUCAAACACAAAACAUAUCGAUCUCUUGACAAGAAAAAAGUGUUGGUUUUGAGCUCGAUGAAAGCGCGCGAGCCGAUCGGCGACGCCGAGGUGUUCAAAUUCGAGAAACGAUUGAUCGAUGCUACUAAACCAGAUCCACCAUCCACCAUUGAACUUUAG